CUCGCUGAGGCCGUACAGAGCCGGGAUGGCUAUGAUUCUGAUUUUAGUGAUGAUGAGAAAGGAGAGAAAUCUGUCAAAAGAACAAGUAAUGAAGAUGCUCUUCUUGUAAAGCCAUUCCAGAAAGUAAAACAGUGCAAGGUGGCACACCGACAAGUUGCAGCAGAAGAAUGGGAUAGGGAAGAAGCAAGAAACAGGAGAUUUCAUUUGAUAUCCAUGGAUGCUUAUGAGAGACACAAAAAGUUUGUGAAUGACUACAUUUUAUACUACGGUGGCAAAAAGGAGGACUUCCAACGUUCAGGAGCAAAUGAUAAGACCGAUCUUGAUGUUAUAAGAGAAAACCAUAGAUUCCUGUGGAAAGAGAUUGAUGAAGUGGACAUGAAUUGGGAGAAGAGGCUUGCAAAGAAAUACUGUGAUAAAUUAUUCAAAGAGUACUGCAUAGCAGAUCUGAGUAGAUACAAAGAGAAUAAGUUUGGAUUUAGAUGGAGACAUGAGAAAGAAGUAGUUUCUGGAAAAGGUCAUUUUUCCUGCGGGAAUAAACACUGUGAUGAGAGAGAAGGACUGAAGAGCUGGGAAGUGAAUUUUGGUUAUAUUGAACAUGGUGAAAAGAGGAACGCACUUGUAAAAUUGAGACUGUGUCCAGAAUGUUCUUACAAAUUAAAUUUUCAUCACAGGAGGAGAGAAGUCAAACCAAACAAGAAGAGAGAAAGACAUGAACAAGACUCUAAAGAACCAAAUAGUAAGAAGUCUAGAUUAUCACGUACAGAAAAACACAAGUCUAAGAGAAAGAGACAUAACGAUCAAGUUUCCUCAGGAGAUUCAGAUCAUUGUGAUGAAGAUCUAGACAACAGUGAUGAACAAGAUGGUCCUUCAGAUGCUGACUUUUGGAAAGGUCCUUUGCAAGAAACAGAUGAAAAAUCACAGGAGGAAGAAUUUGAUGAGUACUUUCAAGACUUGUUUCUCUGAAACUUCCUGCGGAACCCUAGGUUGAAUUCUCCUUGAAUUUUCUUAUUCUAGUAUGGGUAACAAGGCAGACGUAGGAUUCCAAAUGUUUUUUGGUUUUCUGUUGAAGUACCAUUAAAGGCUAUGCUUUGCAACUCACUGUCCAUUGAUGCACACUUUCAUUUAUGUAGAGCACACUGGGGUGUGCUCAGGUAUAGCCAAUUGCAGGACUGGAGCUUAAACAAUUGAAUAUGAUACCUUUAUAUGUUCAUGAAGAAGGAAAUGUAAUUUCUGUUCAACUGGGUUUCCUUACCAGAGGGCAUGUCUACACGAAACACUGAACUGCGCAGUAGGGUAAUUUACUGCACAGUACAUGCACACGUCCAUACAUACACACGCUUACUGCACAGUAAAAACCCUUAAUCGCAAGUAAAUUGAUACCUGCAAAUGCAGGUAUCAAAUUUACUUGCAGUUAGUUACUGCCCAGUAAUGCACGUGUAGACACGACCUGGGAACAAAUUUGUUCCCAGGUCAGUCCUGCCAGCAGGGAGCCGGCUUAAGGCUAGCCCUAGGGCUCUGGGCUCAGAGCCUCUCCUGACCCAGGGCUGGGCUGCCUCUAUGGCAGCUCCUGCCUCAGGCCUUUAAAAGCCUGCAGGCAUUUUGAGCCUUGGGGCACAAUGGCAGGCAGCCUUAGGCAACUACUGGCCCUGUGACUACCUGCACCAGCCUGUCUGCACCCUGGCACUGCUGCCUGGCACUGCAGUGCCAUGCGCCUGCCAGGCCCAUGUCCAGGCCUGCAGGCUGCUGCAGGCUCCAGCCAGAACUGCCAGCACCCAGGCUCAGCUGCAGGCAGCUUUUGACUGCCAGGGCUAGCUCCACCUGCCUGUAGCCCAAACCCAGUAGUCAGCCUGGGGCCUGCAGGUGCCUCAGCCAUGCAGCUGUCAGUCCCAUGCUGGGCCCUGUGUUGGGUGCUGCAGGCAGCUGCCCAGAGCCAGCAGUAAAGGGGCAGCUGCUUGGAGGCCCAAAGAGCUGGUGCGGGAGCCCUGAUGGCAACGUCUUCACUGACACCCAUGCUCAUGUCCAUGCCCACCAUUCAGGGCCCCAGCUGGUUGCAGAAGGAGACUGGUGACCUUAUGGUAUUGUGAGAAGAGGUGGAGAUGCAGUGCCACUUCAAGUGGGGCUCCAACACCCAUGUCUAUGUGGGGUGGUCAGGCCAGAUGUGAGAGUGCAGGCCCAACCAGUUGGUGCAGCAGUGCCACAUAAAGAUCAAGGCCUUGUGGGGACAGUGGGUUGCCAUCACCAACCACAAUUGUUGGCUGGGGAGUACCUGUAAGUCCAUACUCUUUAUGUGACAGCUGAUGGACAUGCUUGCACCCCAGGACCCAGGCCACAGCUGUGUUGUAUACAGCAACAUGGGCAGCCUGCCUGAGCCCAAGCCCCUACCUGGUGGCCAGAGGUGGUGAGGCUGGAGAUCCAGGAGGGUGACGGUGGCCCUGGAGCCUGUUGUCGGUGUCCGUGCCCGGGUCCAGCCAGGUGGAUGAGGAUUCAUGAGGAAGGUGCAUGUAGCAGGUGGGCAGGCCAUCACUGCAUGUCGAGGAGCCGGGAGGGACGAGAUGGCCAUGGACCAGCUGGCAGUCAGCGUAGCAGGGCCAGCAUGGCGGCCAGCAGGAACAUGGGGCACUGGUUGUCACUGCCAGGGGCAGGGGCAGGAGCAGCCAUGGCAUGGGGGGGAAGGCACAGGCGAUGAGGAGAGCACUGCUGCGUGCUGUGCCUGUGCUGUUUAUGCUGCUCCUGGCUAGAGAAGUGGCUGACCGGAGAGCAGCGAGUGGGGCUGCCUUUUGAAGAGGGCUGCUGGCAGCUGCAGCCAGAGUCUGGAGUGCUCCUCGAUGGCAGCUGGGGCCGCAGAUUUACUACCAUUACCAGCAAAUCUGCUCCCGCUUCCCUGCACGUGUAGAUGCCUGUCCAACACUGUUUACUUGCGAGUAAUUUAUUCAUAAGUAAACUCGUGCCACAGCAAAUGCACGUGUAGACAUUCCCAGUGUUUAUCAAUUUUCAGAUACUUGAAGUACUUUCUUCCAUAUUGGGCUUUUUAACAGAUGUUUUAAACCAUAAUUUAGGUGCAUCCCAAAACCAUUUACAACAAAACACUUCAAUAAUUUGAAAAGGAAAUAAUAUAUUUUUUAAAUCACACUACCUGAAAUUAAUGGAUUUAAAACAAAUUCCUCGAUCAUGCAACCUUGAAUAUUCAAGUGUCUGUUUGUGUAAAUGUUUUGGAAAUAGCGUUAGAAAAGUUUCAAAUUCUGUAGAACACAUUUUGUUUGGAUAAAGUAAUUGUUUUCGUCCUAGAAGUAAAAUGUGUUUUCUUUUUUAUUUGUUUUAUAAAAUUUAUCCUAUUGUUACCUCUAUUUUAAAAAUUACUUUCAAAUGAAUGUUUAGUAAUCCCUGUAGUCACUCUGUUCUUCAUUCUGAUUGUUAAUUGAAAUUUUCAGUUUAUAAUAUUUGUUAUAACAAGUAAAAUACAUAGGUUACAACUAAGAAAAGCAUUCUUUUUAGCAUCUUUAAUUUCUGAUCUCCUUCACAGUGAAAUGGUUAUCUUGCUUUAAAACAUAAUCCUGAGCACCCAAGAUGAGAACAUGCAGUUGAGAAUCUUACUGUUCUUUCCUAUUCAACUGCAGCAUAUUUUUAAACAAAUUUUAUCCUGUUUCCAAAGAAACAGUUUGCACAAAAAUAAUUGCAAUGACAGCUGAUUUAUAAAGGAACGUUACUUCAGAUAUGUGCAAUUUGUGUUCAUUUAGUGAAAUUUUAAUUUUAAGUAAUGUGGGGAGAAUUAAUGGAUCUGUAUUUUUAGGUAAGAAUUGGCACGAUAGAUGUGACAAAUUACUUGAUAUAGAAAACAGAGUUGUAGACAUGGCUGUAAUAUAAUUGUGAACAUUAUAAUAUAUGUGCACAAUUUGUAUGGAUGUCAACAUAUAUCUAUUUACAUUUAAUAUUACUUAACAAUUAUAUUUUAACAGUUCAUGCAUACAUAAUAGAUAACAGUAGAUAGACAGAUUUAAGGUGUUCUUUAAUAACAAAUAAAGGUAGCUUGUGAAUGCAAAGACCUUUUUUGGAAAGAAGAUGGAUUUCAAGGUUAAUUGUCUUAUCUUGCAAGCUUGGCUGAGAGCCAAAUCCAGUCUUCAACAAUCAGAUUACAACUCUAUAACUUGUCUGUAGGAGCUCUGGUAGAGUUUGUUGCUGUGUUUGCUACUGCAAAUACAGUUGGCAUGUGUAUAUAGUAUACAUAUUAAAUACAUUUUUAUUGAACACAGUUUAAAUUUAAAAUGUAAUUGAUAAAAAUAACCUUGGAAUAUCCUCCUUGUAUUUGCAUUUACUAUGGGAAAAGUAUAUAUAAUAGUGAAUUUCAUGGCACAUUUGCUAUAUUUGACCUAUAUAAGUGGGAAUAUAACAAACAGGAAAUUUUAUGGAAGAACGUUUUAUUUCUUGUUAUAGUUGCACAGUAUUCGUACAUAGUUUAUAUUAGAACAUUCUUCAGUUACCUCUUCUUAAGUGAGUCCUAGAGUGUGAUGGGAGAGGUCAGAGUGGAGGGAGAUAUAGAGCACCAUGGUGUGCAUACAGAAAAAUAUGGGUGCUACCUGUGCAUAUUGAGAUAAAAGUUGUUAAUGAAUAAACAUAUAAAAAUAAAUGCAACAAGUUUAAUAAUGGGGUCUUCAUCACUUAUUGCAGAUCAGGAUUGAUGAAAGAAUUCUGAAAUGUUUCUUUCCUUCUGUACUCUGGAGGAAAAUUUAACAUACAAUUAAAACAUUUCUGGUAGAGGAAAUCUUUUACCCUCCUUAGGAGGUGUUAGGGCCUGUCAUUCAGUAGGACAUAUAUAUUU